UCUUGAUCGUCGCAUUAAAUCAAACUCCCAGUUUUUCUUCUUCUUCUACUCUGUUCUCUUCUCUAGAUCCAAAUUCUGGAAAGAGAGAGUCCGAGAAAGAAGAAAAUCUAGGGAUUUCAUUUCACCAUCAUCAUCUUCAAUUGAAUAAUAAUAACAAUGAGGAGAAACAGACAAGAAACAAUGUCAGAAAAGAUGUACAGAUUUAGAGGAUUGAUUUUAGUAGUAUCAGUACCAUUACUUCUAAUCACAUUUGUUCUGUUUUUAAUGCCUCAUUCAUUUCAAAAUGAAGAAGAUGUUAUUGUUAAUCGGAAAGUAAAUCCUGUUACUGCUGGAUCUAAAUCUUAUGCAGUCAUUUUUGAUGCUGGUAGUUCUGGUAGUAGAGUUCAUGUCUAUUGUUUUGAUAGUAAUUUGAAUCUUGUUCCUAUUGGAGACGAUCUCGAACUCUUCAUUCAGAAAAAACCAGGGUUGAGUGCUUAUGCUAGUGAUCCAUACUUAGCUGCAGAAUCACUUCAGUCGCUGUUACAGAAAGCCGAGAAUGUGAUUCCGAAGGAAUUACUUAGGAAAACACCAGUUAGAGUUGGGGCAACAGCGGGUUUGAGGCAAUUGAAAGGCGAUGCAUCAGAGAGGAUUUUGGAAUCGGUGAGAGAUUAUCUUAGAGAGAAUAGUACAUUGAAAUCAAGUCCUGAUGCAGUCACCGUUUUGGAUGGGACUCAAGAAGGUGCGUUUCAGUGGGUUACGAUAAACUACCUGCUAGGGAAUUUGGGAAAGAAAUAUACAAAGACAGUUGGAGUAGUUGAUCUUGGAGGUGGAUCUGUUCAAAUGGCAUACGCUAUCUCAGCUGAGGAUGCUGAAAGAGCUCCAAAACCAUCAGAUGGGGGUGCGUACGUGAAGGAACUGUUUCUUAAGGGAACCAAAUACUACCUAUAUGUGCACAGUUACUUGCGUUAUGGAUUACUAGCAGCUAGAGCAGAGAUUAUCAAGGCAGGAGAUGGCUCUGGCAAUCCCUGCAUCUUGUCUGGUUAUCAAGGUUCUUACAAAUAUGGUGGAGCCGAUUAUGAUGCAUCAGCUUCUCCUUCUGGCUCCAAUGUGAAGCAGUGCCAGAGAGUAGCUUACAAGGCUCUAAAAAUUGAUGAACCAAAGUGCACAGCGAUGAAGUGCACAUUUGGUGGGAUAUGGAAUGGCGGUGGUGGGGAUGGACAGAAAAAUUUAUUUGUUGCCUCAUUUUUCUUUGACCGUGCUGCUGAGGCUGGUUUUGUGAAUCCGAAACUCCCUACGGCUCAGGUUCGGCCCAUGGACUUUCUGGAUGCAGCUGUGCGUGCCUGUGCAACAAAACUAACAGAUGCUAAGAGUGCCUAUCCACAUGUGGAGGCGGAUAAUCUCCCAUACAUAUGCAUGGACCUCAUGUAUCAAUACACUUUACUCACAGAUGGAUUUGGGCUAGCUCCAAGACAACUGAUAACAUUAGUGAAGCAGGUGAAGUAUGGGAAUUCCUUGGUUGAAGCUGCAUGGCCUCUAGGAAGUGCCAUUGAAGUUGCUUCUUCUUCAAAGUGAAGAUUGUAACGAGUAUGAUUCAUUAUCAUUAGCCAUUUGUAGACUGUUAUAUCUUACAGGAAAUACCAAUUUAUAACUUCAAAUAUACAGCAGUCUGUUAUUUUUUUGCUUCUGCAAUACAAUCAUACAAAAUGACCUAAUAUAUCACAACAAUAGAGUUGGACUUAUUUCA